UACUGUGCUGUAAACACGGCUGACGUUAUGUUGCGUGCCUCAUACAGCAAAAAGAGAGGGUCAUUAUACAGUGCGAAGACUGUGCCAACAGCAGGCUGCUCACACCAACGGUUUCAAAUAUUCUCCGUCCUAUCGUGAAGGACGCGAGAGACAAAAACAUCGAUUCUGUCCCGGCGCAAUGACUACAAAAACUGAAGUAACUUCUGCUUACUAUGGUGAACCUUACAAGUUUGACCCAACAUUCAGAGGACCUAUCCACAACAGGAGCUGCACUGAUGUGGUGUGCUUUGUGAUAUUCAUCAUCGUCAUCCUGGGCUACAUUGCACUUGGAAUAGUGGCCUGGAUUCAUGGUGAUCCCAGGAAGAUUGUGUUCCCCACAGAUAGCUAUGGACAGUUCUGUGGUCAGCAGGGAACUCCUAAUGCAAACAAAGCCAUAUUAUUCUAUUUCAACAUAUUGCAAUGUGCCAAUCCCAUAGUUCUAAUAAACCUGCGAUGCCCAACCACCCAGCUGUGUGUUCAGAAGUGCCCUGAUAGAUUUGCAACCUACUUAGAUUUUCAGUACAACUACAGACACAACAAAAGCUACUGGGAAUACUACAGACAGUUCUGCAAACCAGGCUUCAAUAACCCUAGAAAGCCUGUUGCACAAGUCCUACGAGAUGAGGACUGUCCCUCAAUGAUAGUGCCAAGCAGGCCCUUCCUUCAGAGGUGCUUUCCUGACUUCAUCACUAGGAACGGGACUUUAACUGUUGCCAACAAAACAAACUUCAAAGAUGGACUCGGUAACACAAGAAGCGUGACUGAUCUUAGAGACGCGGCCAGGGUUCCCACCCUUUCUUCAAAUGAAAACUGGACAGCCUUGGUGCGCCAAGUUACAGCCAUGCAACAAGGAGUUGACAGAGGCAUCAACGGGCUACUUGAGGCCAAAGAGGUGGGGAUGAAGAUCUUUGAAGAUUAUGCCAGUUCUUGGCAUUGGAUUUUAAUAGGACUGGUGAUUGCCAUGGUGGUCAGCUUGGUUUUCAUCGUGCUCUUACGUUUCAUAACUGGUGUCCUCGCAUGGAUCAUCAUUUUCGGGGUCAUUGCUGUGAUCGCCUACGGGAUCUUUCACUGUUACUGGGAGUUCAGCACAUUGAGUGGGAACCCUGAUGCUGAGAUCACCAUCACCGACAUUGGUUUCCAGACUGACUUCCGAGUCUACCUGCAACUUAGCCAGACCUGGCUUAUUUUCAUGAUAUUCCUGGCUAUAAUUGAGGUCAUCAUCAUAAUAUUGUUGAUAUUUCUAAGGAACAGGAUCCGUAUUGCCAUUGCACUGCUCGAAGAAGCGAGCAGGGCCAUCAGCUACAUCAUGUCUACUCUUUUCUACCCCAUUGUUACGUUCUUGCUGCUUGCCAUCUGCAUUGCCUAUUGGGCAGCCACAGCUGUGUCAUUGGCAUCAUCAGGGGACGCCAUCUACAAAGUGAUGGCAACAAGGUCAAGCUGCAUGUACACUAAUCUAACAUGUAACCCUGAAACAUUCAGUCAGUCCAACAUCACCAAGUUGUGCCCAGGUGCACAGUGCACAUUUGCAUAUUAUGGCGGGGAGAGCUUGUACCACCGCUACCUCUUCAUCCUGCAACUUUGCAACCUGCUGGUCUUCCUCUGGUUGGUCAACUUCACCAUCGCACUGGGUCAGUGCACCUUGGCUGGGGCCUUCGCCUCCUACUACUGGGCACUAAAGAAGCCAGCUGACAUCCCGGCCUUCCCACUAUUCUCCUCUUUUGUCAGGGCUAUACGGUAUCACACAGGAUCCCUGGCUUUGGGCUCAUUGAUUCUUGCUGUUGUGCAGCUUAUGAGGGUCAUACUGGAGUACCUAGAUCACAAGCUUAAAGGUGCAAAGAACUCGUUUGCACGGUUCCUGCUCUGCUGUCUCAAAUGCUGCUUCUGGUGCUUGGAGCAUUUCAUAAAAUUCAUGAACAGAAAUGCGUACAUAAUGAUUGCAAUAUAUGGGAAGAACUUCUGCGCGUCAGCUCGAGAGGCCUUUGGUUUGCUGAUGAGGAAUGUUGUGAGGGUGGCAGUGUUAAACAAGGUGACUGAUUUCUUGCUCUUUCUGGGGAAGGUGCUCGUUGCAGGGAGUGUGGGAGUUCUUGCUUUUUUCUUCUUCACUCGCAAGAUACCUGUUAUUCAAGAGGGAGUACCAUCAUUGAAUUAUUAUUGGAUACCACUCCUGACCAUAAUAUUUGGCUCCUAUUUGAUCGCACAUGGUUUCUUCAGCGUCUAUGCAAUGUGUGUAGACACUUUAUUCCUCUGUUUCUUGUUAGAUCUGGAGAAAAACAAGGGAUCAGCAUCGCGGCCAUUUUACAUGAGUAGCUCCCUGAGGAAGAUUCUCAACAAGAAGAACAACAGGAAGAAGGGGAAAUAAGGAAGGAUGAUCUACCUGAGGCCAGAUUCUCAUACGCCUCAAGUCUUUUCCUGGUUGCACACAGGAAAUGAUACAUGGACCUGAAUUUUUUAUGUUCAGCAUCAUUUUUAUCUUUUCCAGUAAUUCUGAAUGUAUGUGUCUUGUAUGUACAGUGUAAGCACUUGGACAGUGACACAGUUGUUGUUUUGGCUCUGUAAUCCAACACAUUGGAUCAUUAUCAAUGAAUAACAACAAAAUUAAACAAUGACUAUGAGAUUGAAGUGCAGAUUGUUAGCUUUAAUAUGUGCGUAUUUACAUCCAUAUCUGGUGAUUUACAGCCCCUUUUAAACAGUCUUCAAUUUUAGGUUCGUGGCUAGCUGAGUCUUUUAGUGUCAUUAGCUCACGCACAAUAAAGCUAACAAAAGGUCUGGAGUUGAUUCUAGGAGUGGCAUUGGCAUAUGUAGUCUGUUGCUGCUUUCUCUCACCAUGAGGACCAAAUGCCAGUGCCAGCAAAGCAGGUCAUCAUGGGGCUAGAAAGUCAAAGCAUCACCAGGGAACAUACCCAGCAUCUGGUCAUGUCUAUGGGUCACAUACUAUAUACGACAACUUUAUUUCAGAUUAUCAUUUGUCCAAAUGCUUUUGCUCCCCUAAAUUGGGGCAACUAUGUACAAAAAUGGCUGUAAUUCAUAUACGGAUCACCCAAUAUGGAUGCAAAUGCCCUCAAUUUAAUGCUGCCAUUCAGCACUUCAACCACAUUUUCUUCAUUUAAAAUCCAGUGGAGUUGAGGGCCAAAACAACAACAGCUUGUGUCACUAUCCAAAUACGCACUGCACUGUAUGUGUGUGACAUGUCACCAAAGCAAAAUGUCAUGUAGAUGAAGUUAUGUACACUUUUUUUAUAAAUGUUCCUGUGGUGACAAUAUAUUUAUACCUGUUGAUAAAGUACAGCUUCCUUAAUAUUUUAUUUUCCUCUUAUCCUAUUAACGUCCCUUAAAAACACCCUAGUUAAUUUAAAGUGAUGCUAUGUGUUAGUAUGUUAAAGUAAAGCAACUAUGUAUGUACACAGCUCCUUUCUCAAAAGAAAUUUAUUUCUAUUUGCAGUUGUGCCAAGUGGCCACCAGAUGGAAGGGUAUGCCCAUGUAAGAUCAACCAAGUAUCUGUGUCUAGGAAUAACAUUAAUAACAAGAGUGCCUCUUUUUGCUUCAAAGAUGUUCAGUGAAGUGAACAAUUCAAGUAUAGUUAUUUCAUUCUGGCAAUCAAAUUCCAUAAAUUUAUACUUGUAACAUGUCUCUUUAUAUUAUAUAGAGACAAAGUUGAAUGUUCUGAUAACUUUCUAAAUGCAGCUGAAUCAUAUGAAUUUGCCUUUGUGGUAACUACCUAUUCAAUAUACAAAAGUUCAUAUUUAAAGUUCAUCACUUGCCACUAUUUAGUGGAGUCACCAUACGAACCUGUAUUUACUUUGUUGAGAAUUAAGAUAAAUUAUUUGAUUAUGUUAAAUGUUUAAAUGCUGACUUUGAAUCUAUGUAUAGUAUUCUAUGUCAUGUCACACAGUAAAAUGUGCCCAGUGUUAAGUCAACUCUGAGUAGAUAUGAGUCCAAAAGGGACCACAUGUACUUUAUAAGUGCUCUUCUAACACUGAAUAUAUUUUACUGUGCAUAGGGUCUUUUGUUUCAAUGUAUACACAGUGUUGAGGGAGAAAGGUGUUUCUUCUCAGUGCAGUCAUUUUGUUUCUGAACAUACCUUUCAGAAUUUUUCACCAUCAUAUCAUAAGGAAAAAAAACCCACUAUUUUGCCGAGCAAUAGCGGAUAGAUAAUUAUUAUCCCCAAUAGUGUGGAGGUGGAAACUGCAUCAUUGCCAUGUCAGACUUCCACAGAUGAGUCUUUGAGAAAAAUGGUUUCAAUAUGGGUGAAAUUAUUUUAACGGAUGUUGACCACAUGCUGUACAUACCUAACCUUCAUGAUCAGCAAUGAAUAAUUGGAACUAACCUGACAUCAGUAUAACCAGAGUUUCUCACUGGGAAAUCAUAUUCCAUUCAGUUAUUGGUACCAAAUAGAGCUCAACAGGUGGCAGUGAUACCCAACAGUGUAUGUGCCGGUGCAGAGCCUCCCCUUGGGUACUAGUAUUAGCAUUAGUCAAACUUAGGCGUGCGACAUGCAUUGCUGCAUGAAGAUGAUUUUUAGUAACUUAUUUUGUUACUCUUUAAGUAAAAAUGUAUACGUUGGAAUGAUUAAAUAGAUUUUGCUAAAUGUAAACUGAUUGUAGUCUUCCAUUGCAAUGGCUGUACAGCUCAGCUGGUGGACUGGAGAGUGAAAAUAAGUGGUACCUAGGGAGAAAAAAAUAAAAUGAUAUUAUUACAACAUUGGGUCAAAAUCUAUCUGGUACCCAAACAGUCAGGAUUGCUAUUCUACUAAAUUCCAGUUGCUAGCUUGCCAGCAGCCUGGAAAAAGAGAUUUUGAAUAUUUAUAAUUUUUCCAUUACCUGGAAUGUGUUUGCCCUUUGAGAGAAUAGCAGGGUUUCUCAGUAUUUCUCAGUCUCAGAUUUUUCAAAAAGACCCACUGACAGC